AAAAUGGAAUAUUACUUAUAGCAAUGUACAUAUCCUUUAUAACUUACCUUGUCGUUUCCAUUUAUUAUUUAAUUGCGGCCGUUUGUUCACCAACUGGAUUUAUGAGAAACUUCAAUAUCGUACUUCAAUUUAUUUGGUGCACAUAUCACUGCUUUAAAAUAUUUCUUCUAAUUGAACCUUGCCAUCGCACUCACCAGGAGAUGGAGGAGACGAGAGUACUAGCUAGCCAGUUAACGUACCGCAUGACGCCACCCGGCCAGCCCCUGCCUGUGGAGCUGGAGACCUUUCACAAACAAUUGAUUCUCUACAACCCUUCGUUCUCCCCACUCAAUAUUUGCACAUUAAACAGAUCACAGAUUGCUGGCAUAAUCGCCGGUGUUACCACUUAUAUGCUUAUUAUAGUGCAGCAGAGACUCAUUGAUGAGUGCACGUAAUAGCUUAACUCCAAAUUUCCUGUGUGCAUUGGCAACGACCAUGACAAAAACAAACAAUUUGCUAAUUUAUACCACUUAUUUAAAUACAUUCAUUUUAUAUUUAUGCUCAAACAAACACCGAGUCGAAAUGAAAAUCUACAAAUAAAAUUAAGUAAGUGAUGA